AUGGCACCAGAUGUCAUGUCAACCUUUGAUCCAGCAAGCUUGAGAAUCUUGGAACGACUUGACGAAUUGCAAAGUCAGUUGAUGCAAUCUAUAGAGACGAACACUCGGCCAACGCUUCAACCCUCUGUUGAUGUUAUAUCUCGGGCUCCGCAGCACCAGCAUCAUUUGUUCCCUGGAAACUUGGACGCGAUUUUGGAUUGGGACGUGGUCAAACAAUACUGGGAUGUUUUAAAAGAUCAAAGCACAGCUUCUCAUACUACGUCCCAGACGAUGAUGUUAGCCACAUCAACGCUCAACGUAGAUUUAGACCCCAGCACGUGUGACGGCCUUCUUGACAAUUUCUUUUCUUUCGUCCAUAUCAAGAACCCAAUCCUUUCCGAGAACCAAACUCGACGGUUGGUAAAAAGAGUAUUCUCCGAAGGUAUUGGCUGGGACGAAGAAUCGUGUUUGGCACUCAUCAUCUGCGCCAAUGGAGCAAUCGCUCGCUCCUUCUUUGCCGAGUCCAUGUCAGCUGCUAGGAUGAGACAGUCACAGGCGCCGGCGCUCUACCAGGCCGCGCAGAAACGUCUGGGAAUCGUCAUGGCGAGCCACGGAUUGAUCGCCGCGCAGUGCCUGUUUCUGUUUGGAGUAUACAAGAUGUGCUUAUUGCAGCCACAUGACGCUUGGAGAAUGUUCCUCCAGGCUCUCGCCGCAUGCCAGCAGUUCAAGUUCUUGGCCGGUGAAACAGACGCUGCAACUCCGCGCGCCUCCGCUCAUGCUGAAGAGUGCAUAUACUGGUCCUGCUGGAAGUCGGAAAGGGAGCUUCGAUGGGUUCUGAGUCUACCGGAUUUUGGGGAGUUGGCGAAUGACCAUCCUAAAUCAUUCCCCAGCUUGCCAGAAACUCUGAAUGAAGGAGAGCAGUUGACUGGCUGGUACUUUUACCUGUCGGAAAUAUCUCUUUGGCGUUUGUCUACUAGGGCGAGAAGAGAUAUGGAAAUAUUUCAUUCCAAAUCCAAUAAUCCUUCUCUCGAGAGCCUUGUUGAUUUAAGCCAUGAACUUGAAGAGAAGGGCGCCGAGUGGUCACAGUCCCUUGCGCCAGAUGUCAAUCUCGACUUGUUCGAUAACAAGAACGAGAGCGAGGUGCUGAGAUUUAUUCUCCGUGGGCACGUCACAAGCUAUUAUGAAGCAAUAUGGUGGCCUUUUGUAUAUGCCGUGGUCAAUCAAGGCAACGCAUCUCCAUUGGUAGUUUCAUGUGCGGCGAAAGGACUCGCCGUCCAUUUAGAGUGCUUGAACAUUAACCGGACGGGGUUCCGCUACAGACAUCAUGGGACUUGGCUGCUUCUGCAAUCCUGCCUACGGAGCGCCCUCGUUCUCCUGGCUGCCUCGAGAAGCGAGACGGCGGCUGUGUUACUGCCGGCUGGAUGGGAAACACUUGUACGGGACACUAUUGACAUGCUUCGAUAUUGGCGAUCCGAGAAUGUGGGCGCAAGCGAUAGUAUCAUAGUCUUACUAGAAAGUCUUUACCAUGGUACAUGA